UUCAGAAAGUCCAGCUUCAAGACAUGGGGGCAUAUCGAUGUGCUGUUCUGUCAGAAAGCCACCAGACCAUGUCCGAGGAGGGGAGCAUCCAGCUGGAGGGUCUUCCUCACUUCUCGGUGGAGCCCCAGCACACGUCCAUGGUGGCCAACGUGUCCCUGAGCCUGAGCUGCAUGGCCCACGGCCCCCCAGACCCCGUCAGGGUCAUCUGGCUGCAGGACGGCGCUCCUCUCAACUCCCUGAAGGACCCGGUGGCCCUGUCCCCCUCCACCCUCAACAUCACAG